GGCCCAGCGCCGGCGGGCCGCGCCGCGCCGCCCCGCUCCGCCCUGGGGAGGCGGGCGGCGACCAUGGCCGUCCUGCUGGAGACCACGCUGGGCGACCUGGUGAUCGACCUGUACACGGAGGAGCGGCCCCGCGCUUGUCUGAAUUUUCUGAAGCUCUGCAAAGUCAAGUACUACAACUACUGUCUUAUUUAUAAUGUACAGAGGGAUUUUAUUAUACAAACCGGCGACCCCAUGGGAACUGGCCGUGGAGGGGAAUCCAUAUUUUGUCAACUGUACGGUGAUCAAGCUAGAUUCUUUGAGGCAGAAAAAGUGCCAAGAAUUAAGCACAAGAAGAAGGGAACCGUGUCAAUGGUGAACAAUGGCAAUGAUCAGCAUGGAUCACAGUUUCUUAUUACUACAGGGGAAAACCUGGAUUACCUUGAUGGUGUGCAUACAGUAUUCGGAGAAGUGACAGAAGGCAUGGAUGUAUUGAAGACAAUUAAUGAAACCUUCGUAGAUAAGGAUUUUAUCCCGUAUCAAGAUAUCAGGAUAAAUCAUACAGUAAUUUUAGAUGAUCCAUUUGAAGAUCCACCUGGCUUGUCUAUUCCUGAUCGCUCACCAGAACCUACUAAGGAACAGCUAGAUAGUGGCAGAAUAGGAGCAGAUGAAGAAAUUGAUGACUUGAAAGGACGGUCUGCAGAUGAAAUAGAAGAAGUUCAGGCAGAAAAAGAAGCAAAAACUCGUGCCAUUCUUCUGGAAAUGGUGGGAGACUUACCAGAUGCAGAGGUCAAGCCACCAGAAAAUGUGCUGUUUGUUUGUAAACUGAAUCCUGUGACCACAGAUGAAGACCUAGAGAUAAUAUUUUCACGAUUUGGUCCCAUUAAAAGCUGUGAAGUGAUUCGGGACUGGAAGACUGGUGAAUCUCUUUGUUAUGCUUUCAUUGAGUUUGAAAAGGAGGAAGACUGUGAGAAAGCCUACUUCAAAAUGGACAAUGUGCUGAUAGAUGACAGACGGAUACAUGUGGAUUUUAGCCAGUCUGUUGCAAAGAUUAAGUGGAAGGGAAAAGGUGGGCGGUAUACCAAGGACGAUUUCAAAGAGUACGAAAAGGAACGUGAAAAACCUUCAAAACUUUCUCUGAAAGAGAAGGUAAAACCAAAGCAGGAUGCCAAGUAUGAUCUUGUGCUGGAUGAGGAUAUAGAAGAGUCUCAAACAAGUCAGUCGCACUUGGCUAAAAAACAAAAGAAGAAAAAGCACCACCACUCUGAAGAUGAAGAGGAUGACAAGAGGACCAAAACAUCUAAGGAUUCUGAUCGAAAACAUGAAGGAGAACGCUGUAGAGAGAAGAUAAAGAGUGAGAAGAAAGACAGGCAUCGGAGUCGCAGCCGAUCUCAAGAGAGAGACUACACUUACAGCAAACAAAAAGACAAAUACAAAGAGGACUUCCGAAUAAGAGACUGGGAUAAAAAAGCAGACAGAAGCAGAAGUCCUAAGAAAUCAAAAGACAAAGAGAGGUCCAAGUACAGAUGAAGGACGAGAAAAAGAGAGGGGAACUAAAAUACGUUUCCUUCCAGCAUUUCUAACAUUCUCUUAAAUGGACGUGCAGUUACUGGACAAAAGCAGUUGCCUUCUGUUGUCAGCUUGGCCUUAUAAUUCUGUGAAUGCCCAGUGUAUGACUGUCGGAGUAAGCCUUGAUUCCAAAAAGGUGGUUUCAAUAAAGUAUUUCACGUUA